ACUGUCUUAUAGCGCUUGACUUUAUUAGCUUAGUCACACGUUUCAGUUGAGAGGAGGAAAACAAAAAAACAAAAUCAAACUUGGUGUGAUAACCACCAGUUCAUUUGAACCAUCGUCGCGCUCCAAAUCGAAGCACUCUGGACUUAAUGUCACAUGUAUUCCUUGGAAAAAGUGGAUUUGUUUCCGAGUGUUACUAGCCAGUUGGAAAGCUAGCUAGCUAGGUAACGUUAGUUGCAUCUUCUGGCUCUGCGUGAGCUGGCAUUCCAACAACAAAAUUAAAUUGAACAAAACAAGCUAGCGACCUGCCUAUUUAAAGACAGAAAUGCUUCGUCCACCAAAGUGAAAUUUUGCAUAUGCACUCUUUUUAAUGAUGCGAGGCUCCUUUUCCUUCAUUUUAAGCAGUGAGCCAUGUCUUAGACUCAGAAGUUAGCUAAGGCUCAAUUGGACGUUGAAGUUUUAAGAUAAAUAUUUGGACGCACGGAUCUCCUUGUCCGGAAAGAGUGACUUGCACAGCUAGCUUGCAUUUCACUCAUAUAAACUGCGGACAUAGGUGUUAUGGUUGACAUGCUAAAGACUCGUGAGUGUGUGCUGAGUAUCCGCACUUUCUUUGGCGUGACGUCCAAAAUAUGGGGCUUCUUUCUAUACAUACUCAGGAAACACCUAAGGACGAUAAUCCAGUAUCAGACAGUGCGAUAUGAUACAUUACCCUUGUCACCGCUGUCCAGAAACAGACUCAGUGCAGUGAAGCGGAAAAUUCUGGUUUUAGACCUUGAUGAGACGUUGAUUCACUCUCAUCAUGAUGGGGUCCUGAGACCGACGGUGCGGCCUGGCACUCCACCAGACUUCACCCUCAAAGUUGUUAUAGACAAACACCCAGUCAGAUUUUUUGUGCAUAAAAGGCCCCAUGUGGACUUUUUCUUAGAGGUAGUCAGUCAGUGGUACGAGCUGGUGGUAUUCACUGCUAGCAUGGAAAUCUAUGGAUCGGCAGUAGCUGACAAGUUAGACAACAACAAAGGCAUCCUGAAGCGACGAUACUAUAGACAGCACUGCACAUUGGAUUUAGGUAGUUAUAUAAAAGACUUGUCCCUUGUGCAUGGUGACCUUUCCAGUAUAGUAAUCCUUGACAACUCACCUGGAGCAUAUCGCAGUCAUCCAGAUAAUGCAAUACCCAUAAAGUCAUGGUUCAGUGACCCCAGUGACACAGCACUUCUUAACCUGCUGCCAAUGUUGGAUGCACUGAGAUUCACUUCUGAUGUCCGGUCUGUCCUUAGCCGAAAUCUCCACCAGCAUCGACUUUGGUGAUUGUCCAGAUGGGACACUGUGUGUUCAUCUCCUUUCUACAAGACUUCUGCCUUAUCUUCCCUCUCUUAGUGCUGAUGCUCUCUUCCUACAACACCCAGCACGAGGGUGAUCAGGCAGUGGCCCAGAUCUCAACUUAACAGGCUUGAGGAAAAUGAUGGCAGAGAUGCCAAAUUAGAAGGCAACUGGGAACAAAAUGGAGUCUCUGCCUUACAGUUCUCCAGGAAUGGCAUUGGGGCUGUCUUGUAUGUCUGGUGCACAUUGAGGUACUCAGACUGUAAGGGUUGCACAUAAAACCAGUGAACGCCCACCAAGGUGACCAGUGUGAACCCUCAAAGUGACUGGUUUUACAUAUGUAAAGCUACUGACUGAAAAUGGGGAAACUCUGUGGGAAAGAUUCUGGACAACAGAUCUGCUGUUCUCAGGUUACAGGCAGCAGACAGUAUCUUCUGCUUCCAUCUCAGUGGGGUCGAUGGCAAAAAAAGUCUUUGUAACUGCCGGCUUUUGAAAGUCGGUACUGUGCUUCUUCACAGUAGUAGGCAGAAUUGCUGAAAUGGGAGUCUCCACCAGGUAGCCACGCGGGCACCGUCUGUAUGUAACAUGGGUGCUGAAGUACGUCAGAGGUCACAUGGUUUUAGCACCCUGGACAGCAGCUAGUUGUCCUGAAGUGACAAAGAUCCAAGUCUCUAGGGGCAACACUGCAGCCCACAGUCAUAUAUACUUGUGGAGAAAGAUGCCUGAGACUUAUUUAUUGUGUGUUUUUUUUUUUUUUUUUUUAAACAAUACACCCAAGGCAAGGAAGAUUUUUAAUCAGAAUAUACUAGUUAGGAGAAGAUAUUGCAAAAAAAAGAAGGUACAAAUGGGUCCCUGCUAAUGAAAGGGCAACAGGUUUUUGUGACAUUUAAUAGAAUAAUUAUUUUUUCACAUGGACCUCUUCAACGUGGCUGAAUUCAGGUUAAAUUUAAUGCCACAGGGAUAUUGUUGAUGUACAGUUUUCACUAUAAAUUGUUUGCAUAAUGCAGCUGUGUCGUUCCCCCUCUCCUGGACUGUUCAGCCGCAAAUUUAUAACAUUUUUAUACCUCUGGUCAAUGUAUUCUUUCAGUGCCCUAAAAAGUAUAUAACUGUAGAGCAUUUAAAGAGAGAAGUGGCUGACCCAGGCUGGUUUCGUACAACUUUUGAAAAGGGUUGAUUGUUUUUUUGUUUUUUUUUAACUUAACUUAAAAGUCAGUCUGGGGAUCUGCACGUUACUAAUAAACACGUGUCAGUAUGA